GCAAAGCUACCAUCACCCAAUCCUUUUGCCGUCACAACAACCAGGUCAAGAAGACAGUCAUGGGUCUGCUCUCAUGGUGGAAAGGCAAAGACCCCAAACCCGAAACCAAGCCCAACCCGGCUCCGAAACCCGUCGAGGCUCCGGGCAUGAACGGCGCCGUUGAGGUGCCUCGACCCGCCAACAUCACAGUCUUUGAAUUCGGGUCGGUCGCCGCUUCCGCCGACAAUGUCACUCUCGCCGGAUACUGCCCCGUUUCCGAAGACCUCGAGCCCUGCCGCUGGGAGAUCCUCCCCGCCAGUGGCUCCGACGCGCCCCAGUUUCGCGUGGUGUUCUGAGCAACUGCACAAGGCAAAGGACCUUCCUUUUGUGAGCUUUUGUAGUUUAUUCACUGUAAUUUGCAUUUCUGAGAGAAGCUCUGUUGAGGGUUUUGCUGGUAUGUUUUAGAUUCAUGGGGUUGUUGCAACUUCUGUGAAUUUGAAGCUUUUAGCUUAAAGAUGGUUAAUUUAGUAUGAUACAUUGUGUUUUAGAAGAACCGAAAUUUUUAUUUUGUGAUUUUAAGAGCUGAUUAGAUGUUCUUGUAGGUAACUUUUAAGGUCUUCAAA